AGCCGGAGGAGACACACACUGCAAAUCAACCAGGAGAGAAGAUCAACAGACUGGCAGCAACGUUCUGACACCAGACAGGAACACAGCGCUGGCUUAAAAUGGGGACAAAUUUGACAGACAGUGUGGAGACCAACUCUACCUGUCCAUCCAUUGAUGACUUCCGUAACCAGGUUUACUCCACAUCCUACUCCUUCAUCACCGUGCUAGGCCUGGUGGGGAACGGCUUCGCCCUGGUGGUGCUGAUCAAAACAUACCGACAGAGCUCACCCUUUCAUGUCUACAUGCUGAACCUGGCCGUGUCCGAUCUGCUGUGUGUUAUGACACUGCCACUCAGAGUUCUCUACUAUGUCAACAAGGGCGAUUGGAAGCAGGGGGAUUUCCUGUGUCGCAUCAGCUCCUACGCCCUAUAUGUAAACCUCUACUGCAGUAUCUACUUCAUGGCUGCCAUGUCUAUCACGCGUUUUUUGGCCAUUGUAUUCCCUGUGCAGAACCUGCGGCUGGUGACAGAGGGCCGUGCUCGCCUGGUGUGUGUGGCUGUCUGGGUGUUUAUCUGUCUUUCAUCAUCACCCUUUCUGAUGACUGGCCAGAAUUUUGACCCUGAGACUAAUAAAACCAAGUGCUUUGAGCCUCCCACCCGCAAAGGUGUGCAGAAACUAAUUGUGCUAAACUAUUUGUCCCUAGUGGUGGGCUUUGCUCUGCCCUUCCUGGUCAUCCUGCUCUGCUAUGCUGGCAUAGUCCGCGCCCUGCUGUCCCGCACCAAUGCUGCCCGACGCCAGCGGGACACAGGCACCAAAGCCAUCCGAAUGAUUGUCAUUGUCCUGCUGACCUUCCUAGUCAGCUUCAUGCCGUACCACGUGCAGCGCACCAUCCACCUGAACUUCCUGUCCCGGAAUGACACCACCUGCUCAGAGGUAGUAGCUAUGCAGAAGUCUGUUGUGGUAACACUGUGCCUGGCUGCUUCCAACUCAUGCUUUGAUCCACUGCUUUAUUUUUUCUCUGGGGAGGGUUUCCGUAGUCGCUUGACCUCCCUGCGCCACUCAAUGAGGGGCAGCACUGUGCAGCAUGUAGCCAGGAUGAAGCCUGUUGCAAGCUCAGAGUCUGGGGAGAACCACCAGCUGAAGGCUACUUAGUUCAUGGCAGGCAGGAGGGCCAUCAAACACACAACUUAGGAUGUAUUUAAAGAGCUCAGGAUGGCAUGUGCCCUCGUUAACAAACAGGGAGGGAGUUUUGAGAAACAUAAGAAUAUAAACUGCAACAUUUUUUUAAAACUGUUUAGGGCUGGUUUACUGAUGUUGAGUAUUUAAACAUUUAAAGUCCAGUGUGUAAGGGUUUAGGGGACUUUAUAGGCAAAAAUGGAGUAUAAUAAUCCUAAUUAUGUUUUCAUUAUAUUCAUUCAUUCAUUAUAUGUACAUAAAGUGCUGGUCUUCUUCAAUGGAUCAUGUUGCUCCACCAUGUCUCUGCUGCUUUUGCAGUUCUUUCAGCAAUCCUGAUGCCAAAAGCCACCCUUCAUAUCUAAAUGAUACGCUGCUGGACGGCUGUAGGCUUAAACACAGUCAGUAAUGAUGUAAUAUAAGGAGAGCCAGGGUUCCUAUAGUGUGGGUGGGUGAGGCAGUGGAUGGGUCCAACAAACCUCAGACUUUAAUGUCCAAUGGUUGCUUCCUGUGUGAAUGUGAUGUUUUUUAUUUACACCUAACCAUGUGCCCUUUUGCCUAAACUUAACCAUCCGUGUCCUCCGUGUCCUUGUUGCUUAAUGUAAAUGUGCCUUAAUUGAUGUCCUGGCAUUGGCUGAUAUGUGCUUGAGUUGUCUAAACAUAACCACAUGCAACAGUAUCCCACCACGUGCAUUUGUUGACAUCAUGGUAACCCCAUCACCGUAGCAACAUCCCGUAACGUCAACAGCAGACAGAGAAGGAUGCCCAAAAUGAAAUGAGUAGAUACGAAAGUCCACAGCAAAGUGGCAACAUGUUACAAGUUAGAAUGAGAGCAUGCUGAGAAAUCAAACACUGACUCUAGAGAAAGUCUUUUGCAGUUUUACAUUUAAGUGGCAGCUUGAAGGGCACUGUAGGCCCCCUCUCGCUUGGAAAGGUAGUAGUGAGCAAAGAUAUUCAGUUGGUUGCAAUCUGCAACCUCACCACUAGAUGCCACUAAAUCGUACACACUGGUCCUUAAAGUUACAAGUCUCAGGAGAUUGUUUUCCAUUAAAAUUGAUAUUUAUUAUCCAUAAGAAUGCACAGUGUUCAAUAUUUAAGUUAUAUUACUCUGCAUUAUUAUUAUUAUGACAGCAAACAGCCCCCAAUUGUGUCUCAAAAGUUACUCAAACUGUGGUGAUACAAACAUAAAUACACAGUAAUUAAUGUAUGAAUGUAUUGUAGAUAAUGUUGUAAUAUGUCUUUUUAUUGAGUCUUGUACCGCACAACCUGCAUGAAUGUUAAUGUCUGUAAACUACUGCAUACCAUUACUUUUCUCACUGUACUUCUUUUCUCU